GAAUGCCUAGUUAGAAUGUCGGAUGUAGUUGACGUUAGUUGUGCUUUACGAUGAAAAGUAAACUAUAAGUUAUAUUACCUCACCUCGUCUGUGAAAAGCACAAAACAGUCUGUAAAAUUUUAUUCUUGUUCUUUGUCUAAGUAAUGGAAGAAGUUCAAGAAAAGCUUAAAAAGGAGACACACAAUCUUGAUCAAUUGAAAAAGACAAUUGGCAAGAGUAAACAGUUAACAAAUGGAAUGUGCUCAAUUUUGACAUCAUUUGAUGAACGUCUGAUGAAGCUGGAACAGACAAUUCUUCCAGUAUACCAAGAGACUGGCAAUCUUCAACGUCGACAGGAAAACAUUGAAAAACUAAUGGAGAGUUUAGACUACGUGAUCCAGUUUUACAAUGUGUCUAAAGAAGUUGAAGCUAUAAUUCGGGAUGGCCCAAUGGACUGUCUGGAAGAGUUUCUGAAAAGUGUGGAUAAAUUACAGAGAGCAAUAAAUUACUUUGAUAAGCACAAUCCCAACAGCCCAGAACUUGUAACUUUGAUGUCAUUAUUUGAUGCUGGAGGAGAUGCCUUAGAACGAGAGUUUCGAGGUUUGCUCUCUCGGCAUAGUAAACCUAUGCCACCUGUCUUGAUACUGGAUCUAGUAGGAAUGGAUGAUGAGUUACCCAAUGAAGAAGAAAAACAUAUUGUGGAUCAGUUGCCUGAAAAAACUGUCCAGGAUCUCAUCAAAAUAGCUGAAUGGCUCAGAAAGAACAGAAAUGAAGAUUUUGCAAAUAUUUAUGCCACUAUUCGCUCCAGUAUACUUCAGAAAUCUCUUCAGGGCUUAAGAGAUCAUCAGAAGGCUUGUAGUGGAAAUAGUGUAUCUCUUACUGUUCAGAACUCUCCAAUGUUGGGGGGACGGAGGAGUGGAGUAAGGGAAACACCACCUCGUAGAGUAUCCAAACGUAUUCAACAAGCCUUAAAGAAGAAAGCCAGUGCUGCAUUCAUGAAAUAUUCACCAUCGGUUGACACAGCUUUUGGUCAGCGAUUUCAUCCUUCUUUGCUUCCUGAAAUGAAAGAUGAAAUUCUGGAUCAAGAAAUUGAAAGCUAUUUAACCUCAGUAACGGCACUCUACAAACUGAUGCAAAGUGAACUUCAGCUGAUGCAGGGAAUCAUCACCAGGGAACAACACAAACCAGUGUUUGAAAGAGUCGUAGGUCAUGCUUUGACUUCUGUGAUCAGUGAAGGAGAGAACCUAGCAUCUAGAGUAAAGAAAUGUGUGGCCAGGCAUGAGUUCUCAGCAGCAUUAACACUGUUUCCUAUUCUUCGCCACUUGUCGGACAUGAAACCAGAAUUUGAUCGUAUCUUUGAGUGGUGUACUACAAACACAAUUCACAAAGCCUUGGAGGAAUUUAUUGACAGCAUUAAAAAUGAUCCUGAUACUAAACUACCCAAAGAUGGAACUGUCCACGAAUUGAAUAGUAACGUGAUGAUGCUGCUAGAACAACUACAAGAUUAUAUUGACAUGUUGGGGUCAGUUUUAGCAGUUUCAGAUAUUGGAGCUGCUAGAGAAGCUAAAGAUCCAAGUAAACUUGCUCUGGCCCAGUAUAUAUACAGAGUCUUGUCAGCACUUGGACUGGCCCUAACAGGAAAUUACUGUUUAUGUGAUUUGUUUGUCUUCUACAGACAAUCUUGUCAGCUCUGGGACUGGCCUCAACAGGAAAUUACUGUUUAUGUGAUUUGUUUGUCUUCUAUAGACAGACUCUUGUCAGCACUUAGACUUGCCCCAACAGGAAAUUAUUGUUUAUGUGAUAUGUUUGUCUUCUAUAGACAGGGUCUUGUCAGCUCUGAGACUGGCCCUUACAAGAAAUUAUUAGACUUGUCAGCUCUGGGACUGGCUCCAACAGGAAAUUAUUGUCUGUGUGAUUUGUUUGUCUUCUAUAGACAGAAACUUACAGAGACUUGUCAGCUCUGGGACUGGCCCCAACAGGAAAUUAUUGUUUAUGUGGUUUCUUUGUCUUCUAUAGACAGAGUCUUGUCAGCUCUGGGACUGGCCCUAACAACAAAGAGUGAAUCGUACAAUGAUGCUUAUCUUAAGGCCAUUUUCCGAAUGAACAAUCUUCAUUACAUCCAGAAAACCUUACACAAUUCUGGCCUUUUAGACAUAGUACACCUGUAUAAUGAAAAUGUAGGAGGACAUUACAAUGAUGAAAUUAGAGACCAGAAAAGGAUAUAUUCUCAAAGCUGGAGUCGAGUCUUACAUUAUGUUAUGGAAGUUGAUCGCCCAAUUUCUCAACAAAAAGGAUCUAAUAGUCAUUCAAGUACUUCAAGUUUAAAACUUAAGGACAAGGACAGACAAAGCAUUAAAGAUAAGUUCACUGGUUUCAACAAAGAGAUAGAAGAAAUUAGUCGAACUCAGAAGGGUUAUGCGAUACCCGACGUUGAGCUGAGAGAAAGCUUAAAACGUGAUAACAAAGAGUUUAUUCUUCCCAAGUACCAACUGUUUUAUGAUAAAUAUGUGAAGAUCCCCUUCACCAAGAAUCCAGAGAAGUAUAUAAAAUACACCCCAGUUCAGGUGUCUGACCACAUUGACAAGUUCUUCGAUGCAGCUGCCUAAAUGAACACUUUCAAAACCAGCUUAGUUUUGUAUCAUUGUCUUUGUAAAUAAAGCUUAAUGUCAGCUGAUUA